UAUGCCGUAAAUCUGUUGCAAAUCGAUAUUAAUGUCAAUAAAUCUAUCGGCGAUUUCGGCGCUAAAUAUAUCAAGUCUUUGAGUCAGAAACCGCUCAAUAAUGUGCUGACACACUGCAACACCGGUAGUUUGGCCACAGCCGGUUAUGGGACAGCACUGGGAGUUAUCAGGUCUUUGCAUUCAACCAACUCAUUGUCACACGCCGUGAUAUUGCACGGAAACGCGUCCAUACAAUCAGGGCUCGAGACUGACCGCAUGGGAACUGCUUCGCGAUAACAUCCCCUCCACUCUCAUCUGCG